AUGCCUACUGUCUGCGGCUUGCUCGCCGCUGCCGCCGCCGCCGCCGACCGCGACCGGGUCAGCCAGCAGCGGUACGCGGUCCAGAGCGCCCCGAGCCCGAAUACCGCCGCGACGACGCCCGCGACGACGAACGACGUCGUGUCCCUCUCCGUCGACCUGCUCGAGCUCGCGAUUGGCACGGGCACCCGCCGCCGCCGCGGGCUCGCCGCUUCGGGGGCCGCGUCCUCGCCUGAGUUGCCUCGACCGAACCGGCCGACCCCGGCGCUCGCGGCGCAGGGGGGUAUGAGCGUGAGGACGAGGACGAGGAGGGUGUGGAGGAAAGGGGAGGACAUGGUCGCGGUGCUGCUGGAUUCUGUUGGGUUGCUGGGGGCUCGGGGAUGUGCUGAGAGCUCGACGUCGGAUGCCUGCUUAGCGUUGCCAGUCGUCCACCUCGAGGUUAGGGAUGUCAUAUCAAAGGUGACGGGCCAAGAGUGGACCGAAAUGGAGGCUGACGCUGCAUGGCUCAUAUGA